GCGGGACAUCGUAGAUCGUAAGUGCGCGCGGACGACGCCGGCGGCAGCCAUACGGCGAGAGCAACCCAGCGAGUAGCGGAGCCUGCGAUAAGCACGCGAAGCCAUGAAGGGAACCCAAGACUCUGCUUUGGAUCGAAGUUUCUCCCCGCUGCUACUAUUUGGUCACAAGUACCGUGGGCCUCAUGGGACCAACGCUGAUGUUGAUCAAGAUGACGACGGAAUCCAUGGUGAUCAAGAUGAGCCCAACCAAGACGCUGAAGAUGACGAGACGCCCGAGAAGAAGGCAAAAGACCCGUUGUUUUUCUUCUACAGCAUAAGCAGAAGACGCUCGGUGUGCAAGAGAGUUGACGAGCUCCGAGACCACUUGUACUGGACAACACCUCAUGGCUGGCUGCUCAUGGCGCACCCUGACGCACAUCUCACAUUCCUGUGGAACCCGUUCACGCGCCAGAGAAUCGGGCUGCCCCCUGAUCGAGACAAGUUCCUGACUGGGAACCCGGUUAGAUGCGUGCUCUCGCACGAGCCCACGGACGCAGCCUGCGUGGUGCUGGUGGUGAACUGCGUGGACACGGUGCUCUGGUACUGCCACCCAGGAGGAGUCGAGUGGUCCGAGCACGCUUACACGGCAGGCAGUCUCGACCAUGAUCGCGCUGAUGUCAUUCAUGGAAUGGGGCUUGCGACGGCGGCGGGUGGGAAGUUCUACGCACAUUUGUUGGGUAACAUUCUGACGCUGGAGUUGUCGCCGGAUCCAGCCUUCACAAAAACACCCGUUGACGGUGAACCGAAUCCAGUGUACCGCACCUGGAGCGCUCACCUGUUAGAGUCAUGCGGGGAGCUCUUCAGCAUGUCCUUCUACCACCCGUUGAUGGAACGCCGUGACAAGGUUGCCCUGAUAGUCGUCCGCAAGCUCGACCUGUCGGCAACAAGUUGGGUGGAGGUGGACACGAUCGGGGAUCGUGUCUUCUUGGUCGAUGCCAACAGGUUUGGCGCGUCGCUCGGUGCCAAAGAAGCCGGUCUCAAGGGGAACUGCAUUUAUUAUAUGAGGCGCGGAGAAAAGGGGUUAUACGUCUACAACAUGGAACGUGGAACUACCACCAUGCACAACACCGGCCCAGAUUUGCCAGAUGAUGCGACGGCUGUGAUAUUGAUGCCCGCAUCUUGA